AUGAUGUUCAACCAAACGAUGCUGUAGGUGUGUAAACUCUUUUACAGGACGCCCACCCACAUUUGUUUCAAGGUGCAUUUUCUCAUCACAGCCUAUAUCCUCAUCUCUCAUCAGCCAUAUACAGUAAAGGCCACUGACAAGGGUCUGUCAUUUUAUUCACCUCCUGACAGACCAAAGAUGGAUCUGAACAUCGUCAUUGUUCUCCUUGUUACUUUUAUUGCUGGAGGACACUCACUCAUAUGUUAUGAGUGUACAGGUGAGACAGGUUCUUGUAAAGGUGUAAUGAAGACGUGUCCUAAUACAGCUAAUACAUGUUCUACAACUAAACUGGUGGUAUCCAUUGGUGACAAUAAAGUCAACGAGCUGACUAAGAAAUGUGACAUGAAACAGAAUUGUGUAAGUGGAUCCCUGAACUUCGGAGUUGCAAGGACAACGUUAUCUACACAAUGCUGUAACACAUACCUCUGUAAUAACAGAGACGUCCCAGAUUCCAGCUUUAACAGACCCAAUGGGAAACAAUGUUACUACUGUGAUGGGAUGAGUUGCUCAAACAAAUUAAACUGUUUAGGAACUGAAGACUCCUGCAUUACAGCAAAAACAAAUUCUGGGUCUGCAUCGACAAUUGUAAAAGGAUGUGCCUCUAAAUUUUUCUGUGAUGCUGUCACAUCAAAAGAUAUAGAAGGUAAUACGGACUUCUCAUGCUGUUACGGUAAUCUGUGUAACGGUUUCACUCAAGACAAUGAUAAGAUCCUCACUCAGAACAUUGACGAGAUCUCCACUCAGAACAAUGAUGAGAUCCUCACUCAGAACAAUGAUGAGAUCCUCACUCAGAACAAUGAUGAGAUCCUCACUCAGAACAAUGAUGAGAUCCUCACUCAGAACAAUGAUGAGAUCCUCACUCAGAACAAUGAUGAGAUCCUCACUCAGAACAAUGAUGAGAUCCUCACUCAGAACAAUGAUGAGAUCCUCACUCAGAACAAUGACGAGAUCCUCACUCAGGACAAUGACGAGAUCCUCACUCAGAACAAUGAUGAGAUCUCCACUCAGAACAAUGAUGAGAUCCUCACUCAGAACAAUGAUGAGAUCCUCACUCAGAACAAUGAUGAGAUCCUCACUCAGAACAAUGACGAGAUCUCCACUCAGAACAAUGAUGAGAUCCUCACUCAGAACAAUGAUGAGAUCCUCACUCAGAACAAUGAUGAGAUCCUCACUCAGAACAAUGAUGAGAUCCUCACUCAGAACAAUGAUGAGAUCCUCACUCAGGACAAUGAUAAGAUCCUCAAUCAGAAUGUCCUCAUUUCUUUGUGCUUAUCUUCCUCUACAUCCUGA